AUGGAACGGGAAGGCGGGGAGCCCGCGGCGGCCGUGGUCGCCGUGGUCACGGAGCCGCGGUUUGCCCAGCGGUGCCGGGAGUACCUGGAGAAGGAGAAGCUCUUGGACAGGCAGCACCGCGCGGCGAAGAUGCCGGACGGCACCGUGGCGCUCCCGGUGCUGGGGGAGGCGCUCCCCGAGCGGCACCUGUGGCAGCUGAGGAACCGUGUGGCCCCGGGCGGCCCCUGUGCGCUGACGCGGCUCCCGGCUCCUGUUCCUUCCCGGAAGGCCCAGGGUGGUUCACCUGCCCGACGCCUGUGUCUGGAGGUGAGUCGCUGGGUGGAGGCCCGGGGAGUGACCUGGUCGUCUGAGUUGGAGGCAGAUUUACCCCGAUCUUGGCAACGACACGGCGACCUCUUGUUGCUGAGUGAGAACUGUUUCCAGGCUAAGCAGUGGAGAGAUCUGGAACCAGAACUCUGGGAGAUUGUGGCCUCGGCACUCGGCGCCCAACGUUUGGCCAGACGAGGGCGGGUGUCCCCAGGUGGCACUCGAACGCCUGCGGUGACCCUGCUGCUGGGCGGCGAUGGCUGGGUUGAGCACGUGGAUAACGGGAUCCGAUACACGUUUGACAUAACCCGGUGCAUGUUCUCUUUCGGGAACAUCACUGAGAAGCUUCGAGUGGCGUCGCUGCCCUGUGCGGGACAGGUGCUGGUGGAUCUCUACGCAGGGAUCGGUUAUUUCACAUUGCCGUUCCUAGUUCACGCUGGCGCUGCCUUCGUCCAUGCCUGCGAGUGGAACCCCCAUGCUGUAGUUGCUCUGAAACGCAACCUUGAGAUCAAUGGAGUAGCAGAUCGGUGCCAAAUACACUUUGGAGACAACAGAAAGUUGAAGCUCUCAGACAUUGCAGACCGGGUGAACCUGGGGCUCAUUCCAAGCUCUGAAGAAGGCUGGCGCACUGCCUGCCGGGUGCUGCGGAAGGAUGCUGGGGGCAUUCUGCAUAUCCACCAAAACGUGGAAUCUUUCCCAGGGAGGCACCUCCAGUCUUCUGGAAACAGUGAAACGGAGAAAGAGCCUUGGCUUUGUCCUCAGCAGAUGAUCAGUAACCAGUGGGAAAGCGGAGCUAGUGGGGAUUCUGGGAGAAAGGUGCUGUCAGCAGCCAUCAAGCCAGAGUGGCACAGGUGGGCGGAGUCUGCAGAAACUCGAAUUGUCACUCUUCUUCAGGAGGUGCAUGGGGAACCGUGGAAGACACAGAUCUUGCGCAUCCAGCCAGUGAAAUCCUACGCACCCCAUGUGGACCACAUAGUCCUGGAUCUAGAGUGCCGGCCCUGUCCUCCAGUUGGCUAG